AUGCUGGAUGAGCUAGAGCAAGAGUUCGACGACCAUCCGUCCUUGGAUGUGUCGCUCGAGGACUUCGAGAACAACAGCAAUCCCCACCGCUCUCCGGUCUUCGGGCUUCCAUCGCAGCACUCCGGAUUCCGAUCGGAAGACUCAGAAGAAGGUGAGAUCGAAGACCCUGCUGCGGGAGAGCGCUGGUCACCUCCAGGCCUGCGGCAGCAUGACUACGUGCGAGGCAGUGGCUGGUAUCGCCAUCAGCCGUACCUGCACAAGCCCAAUCCCAGUCUGGAGCUCAAACCGACGAUUGGGAUGACUCUUUCGCCGUCUAUGUCGCGCGAGCCGAGUCCACAGUAUGAGGAUGCGUUGGAAGGAGAUUCGAAUGAUCAUGAUAAUGCGGAUGUCACUAUUGCGGCCAAUGUGCCGCUUCCCAGAGGAUCUGCUUCGCCACAGAAGGGUCGAUCACCGAGCCCGGGACUGCCGCGACACAGUGCUGAGGCUGAUGAGUCGGACUUUGGAGGAGGAGGGAACCUGAGUAACUAUUUCCGUUUCGCUGUUCGCGCCGAGGUUCAGCACCGCGAGCCCUUUGCUGCCAUGUUUGGGUACUUGCGUACCCAGAUCGAGCGCAUCACCAGCACCAAGUCGAACACCACGCUUUCCGUCCUGAUUGUGUUGGUGUCUGUUGCAUUCAUGCGCGCCCUUCUCCUACCUGGCUUGCCCCAGUCCAUCCCGGAUCUAGUGAAGCUCUCAAGUUUUGCACGGUCCUUCGAGCCGCUGAUCUACUACUCCGAAAAUGGCGUACAGCAGAUUGGCACACUCCAAGAAACGGGAGUGGCCGUCUGGGAUCUCAGCGAGUCGGUGCGCGGCACCAAUAUGACCAGUGCUCCAAUCAUUGUGCGUCAACUAGACGAGUUGUCUGACUCGCUCAAGUCGCUCUCCCUGGAGUUGACCCGGUUCUUUGCAAACGUUGACUCGGACAUUGACUCGAUUCUCAUCGUGAUGGACUGGGCGAAGCGCGAACUUGAGACGCUAUCGGCGCAACCACCUAGUACUUUGCCGACUAUUGUUUUCGACAAUAUGCACAACAUGCUCUCCCGGCUCGGCGCCCUGGAACACACCGUCCAAGUCUCGGACGGGCCAACGACGACGACGUCCACCACAGUGGGUCACUUCGUAAUGGCCAUCUUCGGUCCGACCUCAGCCCAGCGCACACGCACCGCUCUCACACGAACCUUUACCGAGUUCCUAUCUGUGCUCGAAGAAUCAAUCAACAGCGAACUAACGCACUCAACCGCACUUUUCGCGCUUUUCGAAUCAAUCGACCGCCAAUUCCUCAAUCUCCAACGCACCGUCGUCCGCGAGUCCGACGCCCAAGAGCGCGCCGAGGGCGAGAUGCUCAGUUCCCUCUGGACUCGCGUCCUCGGUCCCGACGCCGCCGUGGUGCGCAAGUACGAGAAAAACAAGCGGCUUCUUGCCAAUGUGCGCAGCCGCACCGUUGCGAACAAACACCUUCUCGUCGAUCACCGCGGUCGUCUGCUGACUCUCAAGGUGAACCUGGAGACUCUGCGCCGAAAGCUGGUUAGCCCGCUCGUGCGGCGCAAUGACUCGGUUAGUUUCGUGGGCUCCGUGGAUGGGAGCAACGCUGCUAGCAGUGCUGGGACGCCAGGGCGCACCCUCAGUGCCGUUGAAGCAGUGAUAGAUGGCCAGAUCCGUGGACUGGAGGGCGCGUACGAUUACCUGCGCUCCGUUCGCGAGCAGCAGAAGGCAAAGCUCUUGGAGAUGGUCUAUGGCGCGGGGAGGAAACCUCCUCACUCUAUGCUAGGCGGGCUGGAUGGGCUGGAGGAUGCUAUUGAGGGCGCAUAG